GGGAAAAAGUUAGGACAGUUUUAAGUUUCCUAUCAGAAUUCCCCAGGCCACAAGAAAGAGCCUGAUCUCCACCCUGAAGUACAGAUCUCCCGCCUCAGAUUUACACAUCAUGAUCUGAUUCUCUAAGAAGUCUCAUCUCUCUUAGUGAUGAAGAGGCCCCUUAACACCCUGGGUAUUUUUCUGUGCAGUACAGGGCAUGACGUCGUGCACAGCAUAAGCGUAAGAGCAAGCAUUCAGGACUCCUGGGCUUCAUUCACUAGCUGGCUUCAGACAACUGUGAAAGAUGUCUUCCCCAUGCCUAAAACAGGGCUAUUGGCCCUAUCUGCCAAGGAACAGAAAGAGACUGAGCAGGCUUGUUUAAUGAGCAUCUCUGCCUCCUACUGCAGAAGCGCUGAUUAACUUGCCACCUCCCCUAGGAAGAGCGUUCCUCAAUUAGAACUCCUCUCAGUUUCUCAUCAUACAGCAGUGAUGAGGGGGAAUAUUUCAAGAGUGUUUCUAAAGAAGCACAAAGCUUCCAGUCCCCCCUUCCUUGUUUCUUUUGUGUGCCUGCUUUCCUCUCCAGUGCUCGCUUAGGUGUGAGAUGAGCAAAUUGUCUGAAGGGAUGAGGGGAGCUCUAAUGACACUGUGCUGGGAAAAAAUAUCAAGGAGUCUCUUUUUCAAAUGCAGAAUGUAGUCAAAAUUUUAAAGGAACCCCAUGGUCUAAAUAAAUCCUGUAGCACGUGGCCCAAUCUCUUUAAAGGCUCACACUUCCAAAGCAGGAUUUUGCAGUUCAGCAUUAGUACCAUGUAACACUGUCAUUGUGCUUCCUGAGUCAGUGUCUGUGCCUUCUAGCCGGGCUGCACACACUCAGCCUUUGCUGCAGCCCUUGCUCAGGAGCUCAGAGCAGUUUGGUGAGCUUCUCAAGCAAUGAGAUGUCUGUUUCCAUGGGUCAGCCCUUGCAAACUGCAGAUCCCACAGGUCACCAUCACAUCACCUUUGGGUUUCGACGAGGAUUGAAGGAGACAUGCUGAGAUGAGGACUAUAACUCUCUGUAACCAUUGCACCAUGGCACCUCAACCAAGUCCUUUCUUUGCUUCUGCUUUUAUCUGCCUGCCACAUGCCCUGAGGCAUUUUCCAGUUCCUGCAGCCACCCUCCACCCUUUGCAUUGUGUGAUGGGCACCUGCUUCCAGCAUAACUCCCUAAAGUCCCUUGGAAGGAGAUAUUCACUUGCACAUGGGAGGGAGGGAGAUUAAUUUAAAUGCUAACUAGGCCAGUGCUUCCUCCAAAUACAAAGAGAAGCACAGUCCCAGGGUUUUUCCCUGCUCACAGAAGGAUUUGGUUGCACAAAUAGCUGUUUUGGCAUGAUAGUACAGGACCAUAAAAUGGCAAUUUUUUGGCUUCUCCUCUCUAUGCUUUGUGUUCAUAUAUUUUAUUAGGGGAUUAAAGUAGAAAUGGUGGGGAUAAGUAGUUACCUGUGUAGAGUCAUUACCAGGAAGGCUGAAUGAAUUAAGGCAAUGCACGUGUGGCUAUCAUAGAUAACUGAUCACUAACCCUUCUGAGCUGCAGCCCUUUAAUCAGUUACGAUCAUGAGGUGUGGAUGUUGGCUUGUUACAGACCAUGAUGGCAAGCUCAGCAUUGUAUGUUAACAGUGGGUUGGAUUGGCUCUCCCUGUCUGCUCUUGUGUUCAGACCUUUGUUUCAGCCGUAAGGUUUUCCUCGUGCCCUCACUAAAGGUGAUGUGGUGGGUUCCCGGGAAGGAGUACACGAAUGUGGCCACUGCUCUUUGACACCACUCCAGCAGGUUAUCUGCUGCCAUGGCCUGGAGAAGGUUAAAGCAAAGAGCACAGCCCCUGACUCUUUGCUGCAGCACUGUAAAGCUAUAAAAGCAGUAGACAUGCUGGGUACUCUCCAAACUGCAGUUUGCUUGCAAGAAAGAGAAUCAUUUCUUAGCACCAGUGUUUGCAACAUACCAGAUGGCCUUUUCAGGCCCUAUUUUCAGUCCAAAAUGUACUGAAUACCAGGGAGAGGAUGCCACUGAGUAUGAAAGGUUGCAUUACUGUUCAUCUAAAUUAGCAAGCAGUUAAGAUAGCUUCUUUAUAAUGAUGCCAGCACCUCCAACAAAAAACUUCGAUGCUUCCUGAAGCCAGACUGGCUUUUGCUAGGAUUUUAAGUACUUUUCAUUUCCAAAUUCCUAGAGUUUAGGCAAAUCCUUUCCUCAUAUCAGAGGUCAGCUGUGCUCUUUAGCAUGAGCUGUCUUUGGACUUCAAGGUCUCAGUGCUCAACUCUGUUUCCCCAGUCUGCAAACUCCCCAUUUCCAAAUGUCUGUUUAUCCUCCCAGUGUCAAAGAAGGUCCUUAGAUAGCAGGAUCUGGUCUGCUUUUCUGGUGGCUGUAUAAUCUUCAGCUGGAAGAAGGCUGAUGUCUAGAUGACCAUCCCAGAGGCUCCUUUGAUCUUAGCAGACUUAUCUCGAAGCCAGCCUUUGGAAGAGGCACUGGAUCAAAUCUGAUGUCGCUGCAUGUCAGCCCCCAAGGUGUACAUUUGACCCUCCAGUCUGCUAUUCUCUGUCCAUCUUGCUUGCAGAUGCUUUGCAACUGCAAAAGCAGAGGGCCAAGCCUGGAGCACAGACUUCAAAAUGGACUUCUAGAUGCUGUGCUCACCCAUGGACAGGACAGACUCAGCUGCUCUGGUUUGGCUCUCCAUCUCCUUUCGCAGAAGGAGGCAGCUGCUCUGCUCAGCUGUGUGCUGGCGGACACACCGGUCUGAAAUCCUGAGCAGAAACCUUCUCUCUCCAUGCAAUUUGUCCCCCGGGUGGCCUGCAAGCUGUACAACAGUGCACAGGAAGCUUGAAAAGUGCAGCACCCUGCAUGUGACUCAACAGCAAAAUGAAGAUGCUUUUGAAGGAAGGAGAGACCCAGCUGAGCACCAGAUGGAAUGAUAGAAGAAAAACAAGCAAUAGCUGGAAAGGCUGCCAAAUGCUGCCGUGGGCCAGGACAUGUCCCAGUAUUCCAGGCUUAUCUAUCUCAGUACAGUGCCGACACCAGCAAGGAGCAAAUCUUGCUUUCAGAUGCACACUCAAAAAACACCAUGUCCCUGGUAUGGCACUACAGCCAAAUACUACUGCAAAGAAUCUACUGGACCUACAGAGCACAGAAAUGAGAUCGUGCUGCUUUUGGCACAUGUUAGAUGUUUGCUCUAGCCUCAGGCAAGUCACAUCCCCUCUAGUCAUCCAUUCCCUUCUGCUGCACUGGGAAGAAAUCUGCCUUCCCAGGACACUACCACCUUGCAUGGAUGUUACUGAGUGUACAGUGGGCACCAUUGUUAGAAUAGCUCUGCAAGCAAGAUGCAAAAAACAUGCUAUAAACAGGUAGUUUCAUAAUUCUACAAAGAACAGCAAGACAACUCUCCCUCAGUUUACCUGCUUCUGGUUCUAUUCUUGUAUCAGAAUGCUGCAGAGUGGAGCUUAGUAGAGAGAUUAAGCAGCUUUAGGGACAGAUGUUUGGCAAGGAUAUGUUUCCCAGUUAUUUGGUUCUUGCCUUUGCACAGCUGGCUACUCAGUGUGCAUGCUGACACAGAGAAUGUGUAGUAACAUUCAGUGGCCCAACAGCACCAUCCCGUGCUAGCAGAGUUAAGGGAUUUCAAAGUGCAGGUGUUUUUACAACUCAGAUAGUGAGCUCUAAUUGAAUGGAAGCGAUCACUGAAAUGCUCAUUUGUGAUAUUACCAAGGCAGUUUCAUGCUUUUAUUCUUAGCAUUUAUGUAACAAUACAAGAUGUAUUUGUCGGGUCUCUCCCUUCAUUUUUCCAUUCUUCCUUCAAGCACACAUGGGGUAUGGCCCUCCCACCUAUACCAAAACAGGCUUUGUCACCUGGCUGCUGCUGGGCUCAGCAAGCACAGGCUGCACGUGCCACCCUGAAUGUACCCUGGUUUUGGCCUCUGGCAUCCUUCAGAGCCGUCUCUUCACAGCUUCUGUCUCUCUCUGCUUUUCAUGUAUUGAAAAUAGAUUUUCAUAGUUGGUCAGUGUGUCCUCUAGGAGGACACAACAUCCUUGUCAUUUCCUGUCAAGGCUUUCUUUUGCAAGAGAUCACUCCAGACCUUGAACUGCACUUCAUCAGACAAACCUGCCCGUUGCAGAGCCAUGCAGCUCUGAAGCAGAAGGGCUAUCAGCUUAGCACAGAAGGGUCAGCUGUGACCUGGGAUUGCAUACAGAAGGUUAAUGCCGCACUAACCCAGGAGCAGGCUUCUCACAGGGGCUGCCAUCUGAGAUUUCACUACCCGUGUAAUGCAGCUGAACCGUUGCCUUGCUUCCCAAAAAUUGCAGCUAUAUCCUUUCCUGUGACCCCAAACACUGGUGGCAGUCCCAGGAUCACAGCAGCCAGGUGCUGUCUGGCUGAGCACUCCUCUGGCAGCUUGCUGGGAAGGCCAGGGACAUGGCUAACUGAAGUUACAUGGAGCAGAGCAUGCAGAAUGCCAUGGCACAGAGCAGAACACACACACACCAGCACAGACUGCAGCUUUCCCUGGCACCCAUAGAGAGCAACUCUUCCCAUUGCUUCCCAGACUAAAUUGCCAGCAGAAACUGGUGGUAGGUCUGAGCCAAAGAUGCAUUUGCUUCCAGAAGGAGCACAUCUUGCUGAUUGCACCCAGUCUGUGAAACAGUCAUUUCCAUAGCAACAAAUGGUGAGAGGGGCAGUGGAAUUGUAUCUGGGAGUGGAAGGUCCAAUUGAAACGUCAUUAAAAUGUUACUUUCAGAUGUGUCACUGGAAACAGAGCAGUAAGCACUGGGAAAAGAAGGGCCACUGAUAGGCUGCGCUGAGAUAAGUCCUGUUAUUUGCUGAGGUGUUUGCCCUCCCCUAGCUGCCCAUUUACCUGCCCCAGGUGAGGUCUCCAUUAAGCUGUGAUGUGAUACAGACCCAUGGAGAGGUGGAAAACUUGGGCCAGCUCUCCUCACAGCAGCCCAGCAGGAGAUGCAGCAAGUGUGACUGUUGGGAGAGCCAGUGAGACAGCCAGGAUUUCCCUUUGCCCUCCUGAUCAGCCCAGAGGAAAGAGGGGGGGCUGAUGGUCACCCAGGUGAUUUUAAAACCUUGGUGUGAGCCAGCAUCACCCUGCUGGGUCUGGGACUCAAGAUCCCUGCAUGAGCCUGACAGCCAUGGGAGGCACGGCUGGGACAUCUGUCAGUGGUUCCCUUGUCUGCUAUGAAGCAAAUGCUGGUAGGCGUGCAGUUCUGCAGGGGGAAUAGCUCUAGCAGAGGACAGUCUUUGCAGAGGAGAAAAUCCAGAAAGAUAUUCCCCUUUCUCCCCUUAUGCACAUUUAUAACCAUUUAAAAUCCUUUCAUGGGGUCUACUGAACCUUCAGUUUAAUAAAGAAGGGAAUGAACCACUACAAAACAGCUUUCUGAAAGGUUCUGAAAGCAGAUGCCACUUGCAUGCAGAGCUGCUCUGUGUCUAAUGUGCAUCUUCCAGAGCUCACCGCAUCCUGCAGCUGAGUCCCCUUGUGUGCUGUGUGGGGCUGUGGAGGGAGAGCCAGAGCUGACCAUCACACCAACAGCUACAGCUUCCCAAACUAUGGAAGGGUUAGACAAGGAAGCAAGGAAAGCAGCAGCAGUGAUAGAAGUAUAAGUAGUUGUCACAGGUAAACUUUGAUAUCUAUGUCCAAUGGUUAGUUCUAGAAUUGCAAGCCUUGUUAUAUUGCAUACGUCCUCCUUUCACUCCUUUCUCAAAGCAGCCAUCAUCUUUCCCCCGUCCCCACCUUGAACUGGUCUUGGGCAACACAGGCAGUUGCACCAAAAUGAUUCUCAGCCCCAUCCUGCAUUCUCCCCCUCCUACCCAAACCCAAAGCAGUCCAGACAGCUGUUGGCUAUCGCAAGUCUUAAUUUUUAGUAACUCCACUUGAGUUUCUUUCUUCGUGUACUAUAGCUUCCUCCACAAGCACCCCAGCAGGGCAGUACAAGAGGCUCUGACCAUGUCCCAGGAAGCUUCUUUGCCCCCUGGCAGCACCCUGCAGACAUGCACCUUACUGGGAACGUAUGGGUCAGUGCUGGUGAGAGCCAGCACUGCUGACCUCAUGCGUCACAGCUGAUGGGGAUCCACCAGGGGAAGCUGGCAGGGAGUGGCUACUGUCCCUUUUCUUUUAAAUUUGGAGGGAGAGGGGGAUAUUUUUGGCAUUUAGAUUAUUGUCCAUCUUCUAGUGGCCAAGUUCUGGGCUGCAUUAAUAAUUGGGGUCGAUGGGCUGUCUGGGCAGGUAUGGAGCUUCACACCAACCUCAACAGCAAAUGCCAUGGCUGUAUUCAUGGCUGAGUUUCUCCCGUGCUGGCAAAGAGCAGGCUGUGCAUCCAGCAGGCUCCGGAUGACCCGGCAGGCAGGGAGAAAGCCCUCUUCUGUGUUCUGAUCAAGUCCAUUUCAUAUCCUCAGCUUGAAAGAAACUAAACCCGAGGAAAUGCUUCCAAGGUCUCCUUCCACCACGCAGUGCCUGGUGCCCAGCGGAGGCAUUUGUGGGUCACUGAAAAUGGGAUCCUUCUGGGAUAUAUUUAAUGGAAAUGCCUUUCAGGAGAGACCUCCCAACCUUUUCCUUAAUCUCAGAACAGGGGAUGAAUUUCCAAGCUGUCCUUGCAUAUAGUGAAACAUAGCUGAAACAGCCAAAUGCAAAGUAGAGUUAAAUGUAGGGUUUGACCUGAAUAACCUUUUAAUUAGGAAGAUAAAUUUGUUGUAGCUUGACCUUAGUCCAUGUUAGGAACCUGCUAAUCAUGUGACAUGCAGAGUGUAUUAAUGCUGCACUUAACUUGGCCAUUGGUUUUAUUAUCUGGUUUGGGGAGUUUUUCACUCCCGAAGCAUCAGUCUGCAUCUCGUAUGUUCCUUUCUUCUUUUUUCUUUCCUGUUCAGAACAUGUAGCACAUGUUGUACUUCUGUUCUCGUCCGCGUAGAGUAUUGCCUUAAACAGAUCGGUUGUGUUGUGGUUUGUUUUGGGUUUUCUUUUUUUUUUCUACCAUCAGUUUUGUGCAUUAAUUUAUUUAAAAAUGUGUUUUUGAAGAAAAGAAAAAAAAAAAAACCACCAUGAAACGUAUAAUAUUUUUUUUUUAACAUUUCCAUGGCAGUAUUUAUCAUUGUUACUGGUUGUGUGUAGUGUAACAAUUAAUGAUAUUAAAAAGCAUACAUACAAAAACCAGCCUGCCAGCCUUUGUCAUUGGAGUGAACUGGACAGCGGGGUGUGAGCAUACAAACAGAGCCAGGAUGGUGCCCCAAGAUGCCCCAACUCUCACUGGUGCUGAAAUCAGGGGUGGACAAACAGAUGGAUGAACAGAGCUGGUGUUCAGGCACUGCUGGCCAGCCGGAAGGGAUGAAAACCUGCAGCAGUGCAGGGAUGCUCAGAAAGGAGGUGUCCAGAAAAUGGAGUUUCUGCCCAGCAUCCUGGUUUGGGCAGAAAGUGCACGUGGUUUCUGUGAGUCCCUCCUUUCUGUACCCCCAGUGACUGCACUGAGCUUGGGGAUCGCUCACCUACACCAGCCCUGCAGAGCCCACCAUUGCAACAGCAAAUGAGCCACACAAGGUGACCUAAAUCUCCCUUUUUAAUGAAAAAAACAUGAAAAAAAAAAACAAAAAAAACCCCAACAACUCAACACAUGGAGAGCUCCCCAGAGCAGGCACUAAUUCCUCUUCAUACCCCAAAAUUGCAGAGCAGUGCCAUAUGGGGUAGGAGCCUAGUGCCAUGCCUUAUGAUGGCUGGAGCAGUGUGGUGCUGCUCUGGGUUUUCCAAGGCAAUACUUGGGGAGAGGGCCUAGAAACCGAAAAAUGCCUAAAAGCUAUGUUCUGCACCUCCCAAAAUACAAUAACCUUGACUGGAACCAGCUGAAACUGCUUCUUACCCCUGUUAAUCUAAUUGCCUGUGCGAGGGGAGGAAGGCUGGGAUCAAGGGAACGCAGCAGUGCCCAUGGUGGGAGGGAUGGAGGGACAAUGGGAGGGACACAGGGUUGCAGGGAGCAGUUACUGAGCUCUACUCCAGGACUUGAUAUCCUUUGGAACACACCAUAGCACUGCCAGAAUGUGACCAAAUCUCCCUUCUCCCACACUGUGAUGUCACCAAUGACAUAAACACCACCAGGAGCCUCCAGAGCAGAGCCACCGAGGCCCCCAUUCCCUUUCCACAAAGGUUCCCACACGGGUCCUCGUGGGCUGGGAGACUCCAGCCCUGUGCAGUGCCUCUGAGCCACCCCAAGAUCCACCAGGACCCAGCAUCCCUCUGGCUGCAGCACCAUGUUCCUCUUUGCCCAAAAGCACAAGACGCCCGUCAGCACCUACACCGAUUCUUACCGGCCGCCAUGCACCAUGAAAAAGGCCAUCUAUGAGAAGGCUCCACUGCAGCUGUGGAGAGAUAACAAAUUUGUGACCCAGGGAUUAACAAUGCCCCAGGAGCAAAAUAUGUCUCACCAAGGUCAGCCUGAGAAGCUGAUUAAGGCUGUGAUGCAGGAGUAUUUGUACCGGAAUGCCAUUGACCCCACUGCUUACUGGCCUGAGAAGUACUGGCUGACCAAACCUGAAGAGAAAUACAGCCCAGUUUUUGUCAAUGAGGACAAAUACAUCACCUGGCGAACAGGUCCCUACAGCAGUGCAGCCUGGAACAAGUACAGCACCUACCUCCCCCUGCCGCCCAAGGAGAAGAGAAUGGAGACCUUUCUUCAAAGCAUACCUGUGCCGUACCCCCCAAAACCCGCCUGCCUCAACCAAUAUGAGAGGGAGGUGGUUGGUGACAUGCUGCGCAGGCUGUCACGGCUCUCACCGCCGUCCCUGCAGCCUGUGUACACUAUGUCAGGGAGGACACCCUUCCAGGGCUAUUACAGCCCAUGCUCUGGUCGCCACUACUGCCUGCGAGGGAUGGACUACUAUGUCGAUGGGGACCCCACCAUCAGAAGGCAUCUCAAUGCGCUAGCAGAACGGACUGUAAGGAGUAUCCCGUGUUGCAAUUACAGCCCUACAGCGAUGUUCUGUGCAAGUACACAUCACCGCCUGCCAUCAUACCCAUGUAUGAGCCCUAGGUGGGACUCCAGUCACUUCAAGAAGCUGGGGGGAGUCCAGAGAGGCAGCUACACCAUCCACCCCGAGUUCGCCUCAGAGAUGUACCAUGCACCGGCACGCUAAGCGAAGAUGAGCUCCCAAUAAAACCGCUUUGGGCAACCA